AUGGAUAAUCAUCACACCUUUCCUGCAAGUCGAGUGUACAACAACAACCACAUAAACGACAGUAGUAGCUACCGAGUUCCGCCAUCAACCGGAUACCCCGUACAGCCAGUUCGGCCGCCUAUGAUCCCACCACAACAAGCAGUGUAUAGAGAGAAUGCCACUGCGCUCACCUAUACCAGGAACCAAAUGGUUCACAACAUCUGGAUGCGGGAUCCACAAACUGGAAAGGCUGUGGUACGGCCUGCUAAGGGACUGUCAUGUCCCGGCAGUUACACAGAUUUGACCACUGGUCAGAGAUAUACAUACCAACAGAUGAUCGAGAUUACGGGUAAAAUCCUUGCGGAGCAUUUCUCCAGAACGAAGCCUCAAGUCGAUCAAGCCCAACUAUUCCAGGCCGUGCAAGUCCAACAGCGGUUCCAACCACAGAUGCAGUCACAGGUGCAUCCACAUCACGUUGGACACCCUCUGUGUGAAUACACAGACGGAAGGGCGUAUCAGUCGCAAAGCAGGCCAGAGGUACAGAACCAACGCUUCGCAGAGCAACAGGCGCACAUGACGCAGCAAGGUCAGGGACAGCAAUCACUACUACAGCAGGGAAUUCAUCCAUCCACGCAGCCAUUGUCGCACGUGGCGAAGGCAGGAAAUCCCACUUUUAUCGACAAGCUUGGUCGUCAGUGGAGCCGCCAACAGUAUGAGGAACUUGUUCGGCGCCAGGAAGCACAGAAGGCCCAAGCAUCGACAACAAGAGGCUCUGGACUGGGGUCACAGCUCCAGCAAGCCUCACAGACACCGUCGCUCAUGACGAUGAGUUUAAAUGACUCUUUGCAUAUGAAUGAUAUGCACAAUGGAAUGGCGCCGCAGACGCACCCAGAUCUACUUCAGCACCAGAAAGGCAACAUGGGACCACCUCCAGGACCCGCAAACCCAGGAGUUCAACAGCAGCACCAAUAUAUGCCGCCGGGAACUAAGAGUCUACAACAGUCUCCGAUCGCGGAUCAGUCUGGUCGGCAAUGGACACGAAGUGAAUGGGAGAAGGUUGAGAGAUGUCGAGAAUCUAAGAAGAACCUUGUUCCACCAAGUCAUGCCACAAAAGCUUCCGUCCCAGGAAAUCCUUCUAGGAAGCCUGUAGCCCACAAGCAGAGCAUGAGCAAGAUUCAAAAGCAGCCAGUCAGCCAGCCAGCCGCCAGUGUAGCGCAGUCUAAGAAGCCAUCAGUGACACAGCCUGCCAAGCAAGCAGUGCCUUGCGAAGUGAAAGUGACUGGCAAAGAAGUAGCAAACGAGUCGCUCAACUCACUCGCAACUUCAACCAGUGUCGCCCCAGUUCCUCAGAGCAAUCAACCAACCCAAAUUUCAAUGUCCAAACAACCCAGCAUCGCCCUCAACACUACACCCACACCAAACCCACCUCCCGUCGUCAACCAACCCCCCGUCUCCACCCAACCCAUCACCGUCAGCCAAUGGGACGUAGAAAACGGCCGUAUGAUUCACGACUCGAUAACUUCAUUCAUCUCCUCGCACCAAGAAGCUCACCACGAAGCCAUAUCCAAAGUCGCCGCUCCCACCCCCACCCUCAACCCUCGCAUCACCAGCCCUUCCUCCACUACUAACUCUCCCCCAACCACUGCCACCGCCCCCAGCCUCCCCUCCCCUUCCAUCCUCUCCAUCUUCACAACAGUCAAACACCACCACCACUCCACCGGCCUCUCCGACUUCUCAGAACUCAACGGCGGCGUCCUCGCCAAAGUUGAUAAUCUAGAACUCCUAAGGACGAUUUGCACCGUUGAUCCGGAUGGGAGUUUUCGCGCGCCAGAGCCAAGGUGGGUGAGUGAGGAGAGGGCGAGGUUGGAGUGGGAGGUUUGCGUGGUUGGCAGGAGGUAUCGGUGA